UUCAUUACGACUCGCUAACGACGUCAAAUACACAAGAUGUCCUCCUCAUCAAGGAAGAGAUCCGAAUUCAUCGAGAGGAUACGGUAUCCUAAUCCUCUACCUCUACCGCCCUAUCCUCCAAAGCUUUUGGCGAUUCCAACACCAUUCUCACGAUUCACAGAUCCUAGACGAUUCGGACCAAGACUUGCACAAAGUCAUCCAUUACCUGUAGUCGUGGAUGCGGAAGCUGGAAUGCCACUCAACCUGACAGACUUUCCACAAGCAUGGUAUACGGAUCAAGAACUAGAAGCAGACGAUAACGUAUUUCCACGCUUGGAUGCGAAUGAAGUGGAUGUGGACCCGGAAGAUGCUUUCCUGCUAUCGGACAUGUUGGAAAAGUUACCUGGAACCAGUAAUGGAAUCGAUAGAAAACAAGGCGGUCCCGGUGGUCCAGUAGAUACGAAUGAUAUCACCUGGCUCAGAAGGACAGAAUAUUUGGCAGCCGAACAACAAAAGCGCAAAAAGAGAGAUUUGAACGACCGAUCAAAUGAAAAGAUUGAUUCUUCGAGGGAAGGACAACUGGCAAGGAUUGAAGAAUCUUUUCGCGUUGCAAACCAACCGCUUGCAUCUGUACGACAUCCUACUAAAGCUGGCUUGCGUGCUGUAGACUCGUUCAGUCUUUUACCCGAUCCAGAUACAUGGGCAACGCAAUACAACGUCUUCCGCUUCGGCGAUCCACCCGGAAGGCUUAACGAUAACAAACCAAUCGAAGAUCCUCGAUUGGAAACUGCAAUCUUACGACCUCAUUCAGAUCUGGUCAAUCAACCGAUCUAUUCGCUCUUCCUCAUUCAUGCAGCCGAUCGAAUCGAAGAAGAGGAAGAAGGGGAUGGCGAUCUGUUUGACGAUGAUGAAGAUGAAGACAAACCGAAAAAGAAGAAAAAGCUUGUCGAACGCACACCGGAAGAACAAAUGGCGAUCGAAAAUGCAGAAAGUGUACGAUUGAUCCAAAGUAGAAAGGAAGGGCAACACACAGACGCACAAGAACAAGAUGUUGUCGAAGCACCUUUUGAUACGGAAGAAAGCGAACAACCUCCUGUUCAAUUGGCCCACUCGAAAGAUUACGAAGCGCAUGAUGAAACAAAUAGAAAAGAUCAAGAAUUGAUUUUGACGUACAUUGAUACUGAAUCACAAAAUGAUGGAGAAGGGGUCAAAGGUGGUACUUUGCCUGCAGUCUCUCGAUUCGAAAACAAUUAUCGCUUGCACGAAGGUGCAAAUGCAGAAACGAACGGAAAUUCUGGCAAUCAAGACAAGGUUAUCUAUUAUCACCCCGUCACUUCUCGUGCUGCUUUACGUGUACGUAGAAGAAGGGCAAACGAUCCUCUACCGCCAGAGCAUUGGGAUGCAGUUUCAUUGCAAAAACGAUCUUUGUCAAUGUAUGAAAAGAUUGAACGAUUACAUGAGCGAAUCGUGGUGGAUGAUUUGGAUCUGAAACGGUUGCCAGACAAGAUCGAAUUGCCGGCGGAAGAAGUGAUGGACGAAGAAGCGGAACAAGCGGCGAUUGCUGAAGGAGAAGCUGCUGUAAGAGAAGGAAGUGCAGACGGAGAGGGUGAAGCAGAUGAAGAAGAAGCAAAAGAAAGGCAAGGAUCCAGUGGGCCUCGUGCUAAACGUGAUCGUGGCGUUAUCAGGGAUGAUGACGAUGAAGACGAAGGCGGUGGAGCUGCAGAAGCAAAGAAGGCAACUACUACCAACGAAGAUGAUGAUGAAGAAGAGGACGGUGGCUCAGACAAUGAUGCUUCAGGAUCAGAAGAUUCAGCGGCGCAAUCUGAUGAAGAUAUGGAUGAAGAUGAAUUAGCAGCAUUACAAGCUGAUGCAGGAGAAGAUGCUGCACCGGAAGAAGAAGAAGAAGAAGCAGGAGGAAGACGUAGAAGUCGUAGAGGUGGUGGUGCAGGACAAAGUGGUGAUGUUGAAGAAGAACGUGCGCCGAAAGAGCCACUCUCGAUGGAUGUUGAUGAAGAGGACUGAUUGUGUCAAAACAUCUUACAUGUACAA